CUAAAUGAGCUUCAGCGAGUGCAACCUGUACGGUAAGAAACACCGAGGUAUUUAAACCGAGGAAGUGAACACGAAGACUGCUGUGACACUAUCACUUUCCAUGAAAGACUAGAGUCCAGCCCUCGUACAACACGGGAUACCUUUCCACCGGGGAGAAAAGACUUUCCCCUCCGGGGAACCGAUACAGCGCUGGGGCUCCCGCAAGUACCCCCCAACACACACACACUUCGGGGUGCGUGCGAACCCCGACGCUUUCGAAAGCUGUUGUGAAACGAGGGACCAGACCUCGUUUACUCUUCACACGCCGGGGAGGCGACCUGGACCCGCGGGGCCGUGGGUCCGAAGCCCUGCUGUUGUCCCGCCGAGUCAGCACCAAUUUUGUGGGUGAGAGGAAAUUGGAGCAGCAGGAGAAAUCCCACACAAACAUCAAGAGAACGUGCAAACUCCACAUGGAAGGCCAAGUGGCAGAAAGCAGUACGUCUACUGGAUCGGAGGCACCCUCUGAAGACUGCAGCAGCAGUGCUCAGCCUGGCAGUCCCUCUGUAAAAGAGCUGGAGGACCUCUUGUACAGCGGUAAAUCGUCCUGUAACCAUGUCGAUGAGGUGUGGCCCAACCUCUUCCUCGGGGACAUGUUUGUGGCCCAUGACAGAUACAGGCUGUGGAAGAUGGGGAUCACUCAUGUCCUCAAUGCUGCUCAUGGAAAGAUGUACUGCCAGGGAAGUCAUGAUUUUUAUGGUACAACCAUAGACUACUAUGGAGUCCCAGCUCAUGACCUGCCAGAGUUCAACCUGUUCCCCUUCUUCUACCCCUCUGCUGAGUACAUACACAAGGGUUUGAGCACUCCAGGGGCCAGAGUGUUUGUGCACUGCGCGGUGGGCGUGAGCCGGUCUGCCGCCCUGGUGCUGGCCUACCUGAUGAUCCACCACCAUCUCUCGUUGGUUGAUGCCAUCAAAACAGUAAAGGAGAGCAGGUGGAUUUUCCCCAACAGAGGAUUCCUGAAACAGCUGAGGAGCUUGGAUAUGAAAUUACGCCCACAAAGACACUCAGCCGAGGGGAAACCAUGACUACUGCAUCAACUAGCGAUUUCAA